CUUGGAAAAGAUCCAGAAACAGCUGUGAAGCUUGAUCCAGAGAUAUGGGGGCUGGGCAAUGAUGCUUACGCUACUGCAUUAGAUAUCUAUCAUCAGCUCCAUUGCGUUAAUACGCUCCGACGGAUUGCUUAUGGGACAUAUUACAACACGUCGAUGGGUAACCCUGAUGCUAAUAAUGUUACCCUGCGAGAAUUGCACAUCAACCACUGCAUCGACAUUCUGAUGCAAGCCAUACAAUGCAGUGGAAAUGCAAACCUUAUAACUUUUCAUUGGGUAGAGAAACUGCAACAUCCCUUUCCAGACAUGUCUAUCGAUCGGAAGUGCAUUAACUUUGAAAAACUUACUGAUUGGCGCUUAACAAACACUAUUGAUAUGAAAAAGUGGGCGGAUCGCAUGAAGAAACCACUGGGCGUGAAAGAGGAGAAGAUGGCGGAUCAAUACUAU